UUAACUGAACUCUCUUCACUUCUCUCUUCUCCUAUCAGGUCAAUCCGAUCGUGAAAGUGUUCUUGUUCUUCAUCUGAGAGACAGAGACCAGUAAUUGUUGAUCCAAAAUGCAUUCGAAUCACUUGCUUCUCGAAGAACCUGUACGGAUGGCUUCAAUCCUCGAGCCUUCCAAGCCUAGUUUUUUUCCAGCACUGUCAAAGAUCGUUGGGACGCUCGGUCCGAAAUCACGAUCCGUGGAGAUUAUUUCUAGCUGCUUGAAUGCUGGAAUGUCUGUGGCACGGUUUGAUUUUUCGUGGGGUGAAACUGAAUAUCAUCAGGAGACUCUGGAAAAUCUGAAGGCUGCUAUCAAGAGUACAAAGAAGCUCUGUGCAGUUAUGCUAGACACCGUGGGUCCUGAGUUGCAAGUUGUCAAUAAAACUGAGCAUCCUGUUUCUCUUAAAGAAGAUUCCUUGGUUGUUCUAACUCCUGAUCAAAACAAAGAUGCCACUUCAAAUCUGUUGCCAAUAAAUUUUGGGGGAUUAUCGAAUGCAGUGAAGACUGGAGACACUAUUUUUAUUGGCCAGUACUUGUUCACAGGAAGUGAAACAACUUCUGUCUGGCUAGAGGUAACUGAAGUGAAUGGAGAAGAUGUGGUCUGUCUGAUAAAGAACUCUGCUACCUUGUCUGGGCCAUUAUAUACAUUACAUGUCUCUCAAAUUCGCAUUGAUCUUCCUACCCUUACCGACAAAGAUAAGGAGGUUAUUAGCACUUGGGGUGUGCGGAACAAUAUAGACUUUCUUUCACUGUCAUAUACACGACAUGCGGAAGAUGUUCGACAUGCUCGGGAAUACCUUUCGAAAUUGGGUGACCUCAGUCAAACUCAAAUUUUUGCUAAAAUUGAAAAUAUAGAGGGAUUAAUCCAUUUUGAUGAGAUUCUACAAGAGGCAGAUGGCAUUAUCCUCUCUCGUGGAAAUCUGGGGAUUGAUCUCCCACCAGAGAAGGUAUUUUUAUUUCAAAGAGCAGCUGUUUACAAGUGCAAUAUGGCUGGAAAGCCUGCUGUGGUUACUCGUGUUGUGGACAGUAUGACGGACAAUCUAAGACCCACUCGUGCUGAGGCAACUGAUGUUGCAAAUGCUGUAUUGGAUGGUACUGAUGCAAUUCUUCUAGGAGCAGAGACCCUGCGUGGACUGUACCCUGUUGAGACUAUUUCCAUUGUUGGUAAAAUUUGUGCCGAGGCAGAGAAGGUUUACAAUCAAGAUCUGUAUUUUAAGAAGACUGUCAAAUAUGUUGGAGAACCAAUGAGUCACUUGGAGUCUAUUGCUUCAUCUGCGGUAAGAGCAGCAAUUAAGGUGAAGGCAUCUGUUAUCAUUUGUUUCACUUCUACAGGAAGAGCUGCGAGAUUGAUUGCGAAGUAUAGGCCAACAAUGCCUGUCAUAUCUGUUGUCAUACCUCGUCUCAAGACAAAUCAACUCCGCUGGACAUUUACUGGUGCUUUUGAGGCAAGGCAAUCACUUUUAGUCAGAGGUCUUUUUCCCCUGCUGGCAGAUCCUCGGCAUCCAGCUGAGUCUACAAGCGCAACAAACGAGUCGGUUUUAAAGGUUGCGUUGGAUCAUGGCAAGGCUUCUGGUGUUAUAAAGUCACAUGACCGGGUUGUGAUAUGCCAGAAAGUUGGUGAUUCAUCUGUUGUGAAGAUUAUUGAGCUUGAAGAUUAGACCUUUGUAUUGUACUAAACCCUCAUCUUGAAUAUACUUUCCAUGUUUGAAAACUCAGGCUAAACAAUUUCUGAGUUCAAAUAUAGCACAUGUAUUAAGAGGGCACCAGUAGAUGGUUCCAUCUUUCCUAAUUGAAAUAUUAAGCAUGAUAUGAUAUUGUCUUUUCAACUACUCAAUAUGUUUGUACAAUGACUUCUAUCAAUAAAUUUGGUUUGCUACAGUUCAUG